UGAUCUUACGCAACGAUUUCAGUGUCUAGCUGUUUAAAUUUGUUUGUUUUGGAAACCUGAUUCAAAAUUUAUACGUUUGGAAGGCAGAGUCAGUUAUAAUGGCCGAUUUCCAUGAGCUUAUUGUGACUUGCAUUAUUUUCCUCUACCAAAUUACUUUGAUUUUCCGAUCAAUCCACCCCUUCAGAAAAGACGCUAUGAUGCUUAUUUUGCACAACGUUUUGCUGUACUACGUGAUCAAUAUGUUCAAGCACUUGGCCCAGGCAUCGAUUAACUCGGACGGACCGGUGAACACAUUCUACUACGUACCACUGGUGUAUGAGGAAAACAUUGCCUUGGGACGCCAUCAGAGUUGGCAUGAGGUCCUUAGGACAUCCAGCUGGCAAUUCUUUGAGGUCCUUUUCAGACAUCAUCUGGCCCUGCUCUUGCCAUUUAAUUUGGCUAUCCUGGUGCCCCGCUGCAAGUUGGCCUUCAUUAGCACAUUGGUUCUCUUGUCCAACUUUGUGCUGUUCGUCUGUUUCGCCUCGGCCAUUUGUCAGCUGUUGUGGGUCCAUGGCCACGCCCACAGCCUGCGCCUCCUCACAAUCGUGUGUUUGGGCCCCGUUUCCCAAGUGGUCCUGGUGUGCCGCCUCCUGGGCCGCGUGUGGCCGCCUUCCUUUAGCUCAGUCAGUGGAUUCUUGUUUGAGGCAUGAAAUUUGAUUUGCCGGCACUGAUUGCUGGCCAAAAGCCACACCCCAUCCAUCGUAAUCAGCACCACAGAAGU